UUCUGGCGCAGAGAUUCAAACUAGUGGCGGGCGUAGCUGGAGCAGUGGAAUCUCCUUGCGUCUAGUGUACUGCGGAGGAGCCCUUACCCAUGGAUCUGAUCCGAAGCUUCCACGCAAAGCUACGGUCUCUGGCCAUCACCCUAGACAGCGAGACGGCUCGGCUGCAGCUAGCGCUGGACGGAGAGGAGAGCGACUGGGAAGAUUACCCAAUGAGAAUUUUAUAUGACCUUCAUUCAGAAGUCCAGACUCUAAAGGAUGAUGUCAGUAUUCUUCUUGAUCAAGCAAGUUUGGAAAGUCAAGAAAGCAUUGGUUUCAUAAAGGCAACAAAAUUACUGAUGAAAAAAAAUUCAGUGGAUAUCAUGAAAAUAAGAGAGUUUUUCCAGAAGUAUGGAUAUAAUCCACGUGCCAAGAAAGAUUCAGUGGAUGAACAAGAAAUCGUUGACUCUGAAUCAGAGUCCACUAAGCAUGAAAAUUUUCAAAUGCCUGAUAUGAAGGACAGUCUGUCUGAUCCUGCUGUUCCGAGCAGUUCUGGUUCUGAGAAGUCUCCACGGAGUCCACAACUUUCCGAUUUUGGACUUGAGCGAUACAUGGUAUCCCAAGUUCCAGCAAACCCUCCACAGGCAGUAAACAACCAUGAAGAAGAGCCAAAAAAUUUAACUCCAUCUUCUAAACAGUCACUAGUUAAAGUACUAAAAACUCCAAAAUGUGCUCUAAAGAUGGAUGAUUUUGAGUGUGUAACUCCUAAAUUAGAACACUUCGGUAUCUCUGACUAUACUGCAUGUUUAAAUGAAGAUUACACAAUGGGACUUAAAAAUAUGAAGGAGAAUAAAUGUGAAGAGGCCAUAGAACCAGAACCAAUGACCAGUGAUAAUUUCUUUACCACUCCUGGCCUCCAGCAGUUGAAAAAAAAUGAUGCUGACUAUACGGAUUCUCCCUUGGCACCUACAUUCUGCACUCCUGGUUUGAAAAUUCCUUCUACAAAGAACAGUACAGCUUUGGGGUCCACAGAUUACCCAUUAUCAAAAACAAAUAGUUCAUCAAGUGAUUUGGAAAUGAAAGACUGUACGUCAUUAGUUUUAAAUUCAGACAAGUGUUUUGAGAGUUUUGCAGAUCCCUCUUCUCCUGUAAUUUCUUCUUAUGAGAAUCUGUUGAGAACACCUACACCUCCAGAAGUGACUACCAUUCCAGAAGAUAUUCUCCAGAUUUUAUCAAAAUAUAACUCAAACCUAGCAACUCCAGUAGCAGUGAAAGCCAUGCCACCCAGCAAAGGGUUCCUCACUAGAUAUGAAGGACCGAACAUCCGAGGUGUUGGCAACAAAGAAAAUUGGUGAAGAUGCCUGGUUUGUCUGCCCACCCUACUGGCCCUUUAAAGGAAAGCAAUAUUCUGAUUUCCUGGAAGAACUGACAGCCCAGCUCCAGGCUCAACCAAGUAGUAUUACAAUCCCCAACCCGUGUGGUGAUGGGCGUAUGACCCGUCAAGUCAGCGAGAGCCCAUCCUAGGACUCUGGGAACUGCUGGGAAACACUUCUUUUUUGGGUGUGCAGAGACGCACACCUGGAGCUCCUGGCCACCUUCUCACACGCGACAGGAACGGACCCGAGCAGGAGAGAGCAAGAGUGAGCUGAGGUCUGACAACUUGGAGCCACAUCAGCCAGCUGGGCCCGCAGCCAGCUUGCUCUAGCCCGGGACUCUUUGUUAAAUGCUUCAUGAACUUCUGUGCUGUUAGCUGGAGUUUCCUUGUUAUUUGAAAGGAGCUUCGGGUCUCAGGUGAAAUGUCAUUUUGUUAUUUUCCCAAAGGUCCUCCUCCUUAGUUCUGAGCACCCCGUUGUCAUCCUUCACAGUACCUGGUAGAAUCUGUAAGAAAAUACUUCCGUGUAGAUUUAAUUUUUGU